UACAGCGCAUACUUUCCCCAGGAAUGGAAUGCAGCUGCUGCUGCUCCCAGACUCAGUUUUCCUUCAGCUAAAGCACAUUUUUGAGCACCUUGAAGUGCAGACGUGACAAUGGGAGAGUUCCUCCAGAGAGGAGAGGGGAGCAGGGAGCAGAGGGAGCAACAAGUGAAGUGAAGGCCCAGACUUCCGUUAGAACCGUCUCUGCUAUCAGACCACAGCAGAUUUGAUAAGUUUUGUAAAGUAAGCAAAAGCAGUCGCCAUCUAUUUUUCUAUUUCUGGCCUCCAGCUCCCCCCCUUCACCUCCCCACCUCCCAGACUGACGUCAGCAGAAAGUUAUUUUCAUGAAUGGAGGGGGCGGUCACGAGGAAUCAGUGACGUGAGUGCUUGCGGAAGCAGAGCGUGGAAUGUGCUUCAUUGUUGUUGUUUUGUAGUUAAUUUAGUACGAGGAUCCGCCGCUGCCCGCGCUCCGCUUUAUACCGACCGGAUCAAGUGUCUGCUUCGCCUCCUCUGGACGCACAUUCGGCAACUUUUACGCAUUCCUGUCCGCGGACGCACGUCCACAGAGUUCAUCUUCUGUGAGGUUCUGGUCCGUUUUCUGCAUGCAGGGAAUGACGACUCAUUUCAAGGCAAGCAAAGCUUUAAAGGUCAAAAAGGAGGAGAAUGCCCCCGUGCUCAGCGACGAUGAGCUGGUGGCCAUGUCCGUGCGCGAGCUCAACCAGCAUCUGCGCGGGCUGACGAAGGAGGACGUCGUGCGGUUGAAGCAGCGGCGGCGGACCCUCAAGAACCGCGGCUACGCCGCCAGCUGCCGCAUCAAACGCGUCACCCAGAAGGAGGAGCUGGAGAGGCAGAAGAUAGAGCUGCAGCUGGAGGUGGACAAGCUGGCCCGCGAGAACGCCAGCAUGAGGCUGGAGCUGGACGCGCUGCGGGCCAAGUACGAGGCCCUGCAGUGCUUCGCCAGAACUGUGACCCGGGGGCCGAUGUCGCCGGGGAAGGUGGCCACCACCAGCGUCAUCACCAUCGUCAAGUCCGCCAACCACAACAGCGCCAGCCCCGCCCCAUUCUCCGCUGCGUCCUAGUCGCAAGAUCGGGCUCCUGGGUGGAGCUCUAUUGGCCCGGCACUGGCAGGACACGGAGCCGCCCUGACCCAACCUCCAUGACUGAAAUGACCUUUUAUUUGUUUCCAAGAGUCCAAAAUGCCUUCCGGGGGCCCAGAACCAGAAUGUGGAACUCACCAAAUGACAUUAAUGUACUCAGAAACAACACGAGUUAAGCCUUAUGAGACGCUUCCUUGAAUAGAUCUGCAAUUUCUCAACAUCUAAAGUGCAUUUAAAAACGUUUUAUCGCCUAUUAGCUGGCGUUGAGGCGCCUCGUCAUUGUUGCAGAUGCAUUAGCGGCUGGCGUUGGCGUCUCUCAUGCAGCACGUGAAAAGAAAACAUUCUUGGCAAAUGGUUUAAAGAACGACAGAGCAGUGUGCUGAUGGUCAAAUCUAUUCUGAAUGAAUUAAUCUGCCAACUCCUCAUAGAUGGACGGAUGGUUCGGGUAACUUUUCGGCGUUUGGGUUGUCCCCAUUUCGUCGUUUUUUUGGUGUUUUGUCUGUUCCCUUGCUUACAUCAUUUUAUCAAAAAUAAUCUUAGUUGAAAAAUUUUUGACCUGAAAUGUGAAACGGAAAAGUUCCAAGCAGCAUCAUUUUUAAGGCUCAGAUAUAAAAAUUCAAGAUUUUCUAAGUUAUUAUUUCCAAAUACGUAAAUUUGAUGCUUUUAAGACUUUUUAAGACCCUACAUGUGCAUUUUUUUCUCCACCUGUGGCCUGAUACCAAACAGCCCUCGGACAGGUGUGGUGCCAAGGUACGCUCCCCCUGCCAGAAUGUGUGUCCUCCUUCUGAGGCAUCAUUGAUUUGUUUCCUAACACUCAUAUUUUGUCCCACAAAGCUUAAAAACAAGGUGGAUGAUAAAAACAGAUUUAAUUCUGGGGCUUUUGUGAGUUUACUGUCAUGUUUGACAUUUUUUUAAACACAUAUUUUACAUAAAACGACAGAUUCUGCUGCCAGAAUCUGUUCCCCCCAAUAAUUUGCAGUAACAACUAUUUCAUAAACUUCCAUAACAAUUCAUAAAAUGCUGUUUUUAUCCUAAAUUAGUCAAACAAAGUUAGUUUUUUUUUUCUUUUUUGUUGUUGUUUUACAUAGAAUUUGUAGGGAAAAAAUGCAAACAUGACAAUAAACUUUUAAAAGCCUAUUAAUAAGGUAUAUCAUGAUCAUCUAUCUUCUUUUUACACUUGUUGGAAAAAAAAAAUUAGUGUUAAGAAACAAAUCAAAGAAGCUUGAGACCGGGGAUACACAUUCUGGCAGGGGGGGCUCACCCUUGCACCACACCGGUACCAGCCUGCAGCGCCCCUGGUUUAACGGGAACAGCCAGAACGUCAAAAAAACGACACCCAAAAAGUACUUUAUGUCCAUAUAUAGAUGAGUUGGGAGAGAGAAUCGGUUGGAAUAACACCACUGAGUUUCUAAUUUCCCCAAUUUUUGAAUUUUGCUCCCCGUUUUUUUUCUUUGAACCUGCAGAUGAACAUUUAUUUAUCUGCAUUAAAUGCUUUUUUUACUGCAUGUAAAACAGGAAAGUGACAAAGCAGCUCCUCCCAAAUCUGUUUGGAGUCUAAACCUUAAAAAAAGCACUUAGAACUGUAAAGUUACAGUAUAAAGUAAUAUAGAGGUGAUAGAUUCUGAUGUGAAGGUCGAAUGUAAUUCUGGAAGGUCAACUCUGACACUUAUCUGGAGAGGUGUGGCGGGUAAUCCAUAUUGGAUGUGGUGAUACGAAGAGCAGUCUUUUUGAGCAGUUCAACUUAACUUCCUGUAUAUUACAGACUUUUUUUAAAAAAAA